UCCAACGUAUACUCGAUGUCGUCGUUGACACAGCAUACAUUGGUCGCUUGUUAGACGCUUGUGCCUCGCGUUUGCAACAGUUCUGAUUAAUAUAUAUUGGUGUAUAAAUGAAAAAUAUAUGGAUCAAUAAGUGAAAUUUCGGAGAUACUACAACAUUUGUAUUUAAAUUGCUCCUUUUGGCAAAAUCUUAAAUCUGCAAUUUUUAUGUGCCAAUAUUACGGAAUUCCGUCACGAUAAAUCUUUCCGGAAUCUUGAAUCAAAUUUAUACUGAAAAUUUGUUGUAGGCACUUUUAUGAGUAUUGACAGAAUUUGAGGCCAUAUUUAUUGUCAUUAGUUGCUGCUAUUUGGCUGGUAUUUUAUAUAUUUUAACACACCAAAGUAAUCUUUUAAUUUUAUACUUUAAUAUCAGUAUCGUUUAAAAAUAUAUCAUUAGUACUUUUGCACUGUAUUCACUUCAAUUGACAGGAUGGAUUCUUUUGUUGCAUCACAAUGGGUAGAUUUUACUGAGAGCAUUAGCCCACAGAUACCGAUGAAAGAUUACUUUGAGAAAGAACAUGCGAUACAUGGACGUAUAGUGGAACUCUGUGACUUGUCUACAGAGAAUGCUGAGAAUAUACUAACUAAUCUAUGUGUAAACAAAGAGGCACAACUAGAUCAGGAUCUCAUAAAGAGUACUCCUGUCAAAGUUAUCUCCCCAAAAUAUCGCAAAGGGACAACGAUAACAGAGCAAAUAACUUAUGAUCAGGUACUCACUGAUGCAAUGAAAAAAUUAGAACUCUGUAAAAAGCCGCUCAAAGCUCGAAGUGUAUUAAAUAAAACCACCCAGGAGUCUAAUAUUUUCAAAACGCCAGUAAUGUCCAUUACAAAAUCAUCUAGAUCUGUUGGCUAUCGUAACGUGCCGAACAAGCAUGUCCAAUUUAGCACUGCAUGUAAAUCUAUGAGACCUGAUAAAGAUGCCUAUACACCGGAAAACAGUAACAAUGUAAUUGUAUAUAAAACAAAAACAUCAACCAGUUCUAUACUCAAACAAGAUCAUGUUGGUGUAAAAGAGGAUCUUUCCGAAAAAACGGAUGUUCAAGUAAAUAACCAUGAAGAUGAAAAAGAAGUUAAGGAAGAACAUACUGAGAAACAUGAAGAGCAGAAUGAGGAAGAAAUUGAAGUGGUGUUGCUACUUGAUAAAUCGGAAGAACCAAUAGAUGACGAUAACAAAAAAGAACAGAAUGAUGUUGUGGACACUAUGAUCGAGAAGAGUACUCAGCAGCAAACCCAUAAACCGCGUGCUUCUGUCCUCACUUGGCAGAAUGGCAGACGAAGCCUAAACAAGCGUCGAGGAUCUAAUCGUUUCGUCAGUCUGGCGGAAGCUGUGUCGCGUUUUCAAAAUGAUACACCCAAGCGCUUCCGUACUAGGUGCAACAAUGACCAUGUGGCAGCACUACGAAAUUCGUCGUCGAAACCGUCGAUGCAACAUCAUCGUCUGAAGACAACGAUACCGAUUUCGCCAGCGCUUAUGUCAAAGAAUAGGACGCGUGCAGUCACCAUACUGAGCCAGGAAGAGCGCGAGAAACAGGAAAUGGAGGAGAUGAAGAAGUAUUACAUCAAAGCGAAUCCUAUACCACGCAAUGUUUUACGCGGUCCUAUACGUUCUAUGCCAAAGACCAUCGUGAAGAAAUUGACUACAUCGGCGAUCACUGCGGAGAAACAGUUGUCUUCCUCUGCUUCCGCGACGCAAUCUGAGAAGAUUCUCACUAGCACCUCGGUUCGGCUCAAGAAUCCUGGAACAUCGCAUCAUGAUAAAGUGUCAACGAAAAAUACAGUUACGAAGGUAUUGGUAACAGAUCCCACCGGGAUCAUCGUGGAACGCGUGGAGAUACCGUACUUUGGUGUGCCCAAAGACAAUAGCACUGCGAGAAACGUGACGCGCAUUGUUCCGUUCAGUUUCGAGGCGCGCAACAAAGAUCUGCAAAUAAAGAAGGAACAGCGAUUGAAGAGCCUGCAGGAAGCUAGCAAAGCGAAAAUGGAAUUUCACGCUAGACCUGUACCGAACUUCACUAAGCCACUGGUAACCACGUCGCCAACGGUUGUGAAACAGCAGAAGAAAACAGCAGCGCAGCAAUGUCCGUUCAGUUUCGAGGAACGUGAUAAGAAUUUGUUGAAAAAAAAAGAGAAACUGACUAGGCAAAUGUGCGAGGAAGACAAGCGGAUGCGUGUAUUUCGCGCGAAUCCAGCACCGGUUUUCAAACCCGUAACGGUGCGUGGCUUCUCUAAAGAGCGUUUAUUGAUGAAGGGAGAAAAGGAGAAUACGGUGGACGACCAGGAGAAUGAAGAACCCAAUGUCAUCUCUAUUGACAAGACACAGGAAAACAAGUGUAUGCGAAAGAUAAAAAAAGCCACAUAUACCGUUGUUGAUAAGCAAAACACGAAGGACAAAGGACGAGAAGAAAACAUAACAAAACCGACUUUAUCGCUAGAAUUGAACACUGACAAAAGGGCGAAAGAACGACGAGAAUUUGACGAGAAGAUAAAACGCAAGGAAAUGGAGGAGGAGGUCAAACGACAGGAAGAUAAAAAAAGGCAGGAUGAGAACGAGAAGCAGAUGAGAGUUGAACAGCGCAAGCUGGCGGAAGUAAAGGCCAGACCUAUGCCGACAUACAAGCCGUUGAUUAUCGCCAAGGCAACAAAACCGUUGACGGAACCACAGAGUCCCAUGUUAAGUAACAAAUACAGAUCAAAGCAAUCGUAAAUAACGCAAUAUAUCAAAAUUGAUUGAAACGUUCUUUCUUUUUUCAUUCUUUUGGUCGCUUAUUUAUAUAUCUAUUUGAUUUUCAAGAAUAUCAGAAUGCUCCAUUUACGUAUGCUAAGAAAAAAUGCAACAUUAAUUUGUUAACGUUUUCUUUGCGAACAUUUUAUAAUGGAACAUAUAUUUAUGUAAGAAUUAUAACGCUAUAAUAUUAUAAGGAAUAUAAAUAAAAGUUUAUCGCGAUGUCUCUAAUUUCGGUAAAUGAAUAUGCAUCGCAUCACAUUAA